AUGGACGAACAUUCGCAAAAUUCAGUUAACAUUGUCGCAUCGUCGAUAUCCGCAUCGUCGUUGCCCUAUUCCCACCUGUAUCCGAGUAGCAGAACUCCGUACGAUUUGCCUCAUCAACAACAGUUGCCGCCUCAUCAGCAACAUCAUCAGGCAUCUCUCGCUCGUCCGACGUAUGCGGAACACAACGCGAGUUCGAGAACAUCUUUCGACGUCGUUCAAAACUCUCGAACUUUCGAUAUAUCGUCGACGUAUCCAAUGAAUGAUCUCGGUCGGUAUUCGUCUUCGGACGAUGGAAAUAACAGAUAUCAAAACGAUUUCGAUUAUCGUUGCGAAGAAAACACGCGUAUUAGCGAUGGGAAUCAAAGAAUGACGGGUGACGAAUAUUGGGUGGGAGGGAAUUCUUCUGCCACGAAUUUAACAAACGGACCCAUUGAAAAUAGACUCGGGUAUUUUGGACACGUGACGGAUGUUAAACCCUCGGGUAUUAAUCAGGGGAAAAUGAUUAAGGAAGCGAGGAUUCGAAGGCCCAUGAACGCUUUCAUGGUUUGGGCAAAAGUCGAAAGGAAAAAAUUGGCGGAUGAAAAUCCAGAUCUCCAUAAUGCGGAUUUAUCCAAAAUGUUGGCCAUUACCGUGUCUCGCGAUAGUUCGGACGGAGUUUAUCGUUUAAUUUAA